AAUGCAAAAGCAAAUAAAUAGCGAAUUUUGAGCUGCUUUCAUAAUUCCUACUGAGUAGUGUUUGCAAGGGAAAAAGAAGCGAAAAGAAAGGCCAAAAAAAAACUGGCUGACAAUCACAGAUCUAAGAUCCCAAAUCCAAGUGCCCCUUUCUCAUUUCUUCAUAUCAAAGUGUAAAUAACAGGCAAGAUUUAGAACGAUAGUAAGCAAGCAACCAUGUCAAGGAGGCAAGCUAAUCCCAUGCGCCGCUUUGUCGACAGCGGAAGCUUUUCUCUCGCUGGUGCCCUACAUUCCAAACCCCGAUCUUCUCCCAUUUUGCCAAUCGGUCUUGUCCUUGUGGGCGCUAUCCUUCUUAUUGGCUAUGUAUAUAGUGGCUCAGGCAAAUUCCGAGGCGAAGCAGUUAGUCGGAUCGGAGGCGACUAUUCAUGUUCAGUAGAAGUUCAGAGGGUAAUACCUUUUUUAAAGAAGGCAUAUGGUGACAGCAUGCACAAGGUUUUGCAUGUAGGCCCUGAUACCUGUUCAGUGGUAAAUAAACUUUUGAAAGAGGAGGAAACUGAAGCCUGGGGUGUGGAACCAUAUGACAUAGAGGAUGCUGAGGCAACCUGCAAGAGUCUUGUGCACAAAGGAAUUGUACGGGUGGCAGAUAUCAAGUUUCCUCUUCCAUAUAGGCCAAAGUCAUUUUCGCUUGUAAUUGUAUCAGAUGCCCUUGAUUACUUGUCUCCAAGAUACCUGAACAAGACUCUACCUGAGUUGACAAGGGUGGCCUCUGAUGGUCUAGUUGUUUUUACAGGUUACCCUGGUAAUCAGAGAGCUAAAGUGGCAGAAUUAUCCAAAUUUGGGCGACCGGCUAAAAUGCGGGGUUCAUCGUGGUGGGUUCGGUUUUUCCUCCAGAAUAGUUUAGAAGAAAACGAAGGUGCCAUUAAGAAGUUUGAGCAGGCUGCAUCAAAGGGAUCAUACCAUCCAGCUUGUCAAGUGUUCCACCUAAAGCCAUAUCAGUGAUACAAGAGAAAUUUCAUCAAGAUCAAAUUUUCAUUAAUUUCUUCUAUCUGUCAUUCAUGGAAGAUAAAGUAGUAAUAUAUUCUCAUCUCAAAUGAAAUAUAGCAUGUUGGGUAAAAAGAGAUAUCACUAUUGUUGUGGCCCUUAACAUUACAAACUUUAUAUUUAUUAAUUUAAUUGAUGGAAAAUUCACACA